AUGAAAGGCUGGCGUCCUUAUUAUUGUCCAAUCAAUCAUUUUGUGUCCAUUCAUCAAGCAGUUGGCAUGAAGACGCACCAAGUGACGUCGUCGAUCAAGAGCCACGAGACUUGUACUAUUGCUACAUCCAUUCCAAUUGAAUUGCCACUGGUUGAACAACGUCCUGGUGAAGCUCCUAUUCAAAAAGUGUAUUUAAAACCCAAGUCAGCACCAAAGGAUAUCAGUAACGAAGCUAGUGGUACCAACAAUGUCAAUACAGUGAGGAUUGAGUGCAAUCAAGGCCAGAAAAAACGGGGUGGAACUUUUAAAAAGCGCCCGAUAGAUGCUGAACCAGAUCCGGCAGACAUGUUGUGCCGUCCUGUCGCCUCUGGCGAGAGCUGUCAGUUUGGUGACAAAUGCAAGUUUAACCAUGACAUUAAUGACUAUAUGAAGCGUAAACCAAAGGACUUGGGCGAUCGUUGCCCGGUGUUUGAUGCCAGAGGCUACUGUCGCUACGGUGUCGCUUGUCGGUUUGCCAACGCACAUAUUGAGAAGGUAAAUGACGAUUAUCAUAAUGUAAAACGUGAAGAUUACGUCGAGGCACUGGAUCAUGAUGUGGGCGAUGAGGUGAACGACUUGAACCAUGAUUUGCGGAUGAAGCUGCGUAAAGGUACGUACGACUUCCAGUCAAAGCAGCAGAUGAAGAAAGCAAAGAAAAACGGUGGCAAAUGUCAGCAGUGUAACGAUCAAACGAAGGAGGUUAAGACGCAAGGCGACACUUCUUCCGUCACACUUGCUGAAGCUACUGCGACUAGCGAAACGUUGGCUGCAAGGAAUUUGCUGUUAGCUUCCGAACCCAUGCAAUUGGAGCUUGCAGAAGAUGUGAAAAUUGAAUCUGACGUUCAACAUAUGGAGAUGGAGCCUGCAGAAGUUAUGAAAAUUGAAUCUGACGUUCAAUAUAUGAAGACGGAGCCUGCUGAUGAUAGCCCAUUGCUGGCCGAACGAAAGCCUAUUGACUUCAAGAGGAAGAUUUACAUUGCCCCACUUACUACCGUUGGCAACUUGCCAUUCCGUCGGUUGCUGAAGCAAACCGGCGCUGAUAUUACGUGCGGUGAGAUGGCCAUGGCUACAAACCUACUGAAGGCUCAGCAGUCAGAGUGGGCAUUGUUGCGACGUCACAAGAGUGAGGAUAUUUUUGGUGUACAGCUAGCGGGAUCCUUUAGCGACCAAAUGGCCCGUGCGUGCGAGCUUCUUGCUCGGGAGACCGAUAUUGAUUUCGUUGACAUUAACAUGGGUUGUCCCAUUGAUAUCGUGUGUCGCUCUGGCGCUGGAUCUGCUUUAAUGACCCGGCCACCUCGACUGCUUGAGGUUGUGUCUGGUGCAUUAACCGGACUAGAGCUUGGCACGCGCAUGCGUACAGGUGGCACAGUGAACACCCCAGGGCUGACCGUGAAGCUUCGCACCGGAUGGAGCGAGAAACAGCCGAGUGCCCAUAAAUUAGUCCCUAAGCUACUGUCUGUGCGCGCUUCGCUGGCGUACGUGAACGCCGCGGUUGUUACUGCGGACUUUAAGCUCCGCGCCUCACAAUCCAUCGACGCUAUUACGGUGCACGGUCGCUCAAGGUUGCAGCGCUACACAAAGAAUGCUGACUGGGAUUACAUUUUCCAGUGCAGCGACGCAAGAACAAGCAGCAUGAAUGACACGCAUUCGCCACCGGUACCGUUCAUUGGUGGUGGCGAUGUUCUUUCAUACGAAGAAUUUGACGACCAUCUGCAAAACGGCAAGCUCGACACGUGUAUGCUGGCACGCGGUGCACUCAUUAAGCCGUGGCUUCCUACUGAGAUCAAAGAGCGUCGUCACUGGGAUAUUUCGGCCUCAGAACGCUUCGACUUGCUCAAGGAUUUUGUUUGUUUUGGACUCGAACAUUGGGGUUCUGAUCAAAAGGGCGUCAAUCGGACGCGUCGUUACUUGCUCGAGUGGCAGUCAUUCCUUUGCCGCUACAUUCCAGUGGGUUUGUUGGAGACUCUUCCUCAGCGUAUUAAUGACCGCCCAUCGCCUUAUUAUGGACGCAACGACCUUGAGACAUUGAUGGCUAGCGAUCAGGCAAUUGAUUGGGUCAAGAUUUCCGAGAUGUUACUUGGUCCUGUGCCAGCCAAUUUCCAAUUUGUGCCGAAACACCGUGCUAACGCGUAUGAGACUGAUGGUUGA